CAUGGGGCGGCGGCAAAGACUCAACGAGUGGAUAUUUUCUGGCUGGUAGACAGAUGUCAUGGUGGCUCGUUGGACUAUCGCUUUACGUGACCAACAUCGGAAGUUCGACCUUCAUCGGGGUCGCGGGAACUGCUUCCGUUUCAGGUUAUGCCGUCAUAUCUUAUGAAUACUAUGCUCUGAUGGCGCUAUUGUUUCUCGGGUUCGUAUUCGCACCAGUCUAUUUUGCAGCUGACAUCUCGACGGUACCAGAGUAUCUUCAGCUUCGCUUCGGCGGGUAUCGUCUGCAGACCUUCAUUUCUGUAGUCAACCUGACCGUUGCCAUAGUUAUCAUGCUUUCCGGCGAGAUGUACGCCGGCUCGAUCGUCAUCCAACAAGCUCUGGGAUGGAACAUUUACACAUCCGUCAUCGUUCUCCUCUUCCUCACCGCCAUCUACACCGUGGCCGGUGGCCUUAAGGCGGUCAUCUUCACCGACGCCCUCCAGGCCGUCGUCGUGCUCAUCGGCGCCUUCAUCCUUAUGGGCCUAGCAAUUGCUGAAAUUGGUGGAAUCGGGAACCUCCGCCUCCUGUACAUGACCGCCAUUCCGAACACGACGCAGCUCUACGCCAACACCUCAUGCGGGAUACCGACCGAGGAAACAUGGCAUAUCUUCCGCAAUGCCAAGACGGCGGACCUACCCUGGCCUGGAGUGGUCUUCGGCGUGUUCAUCCUCGGUCUCUACUUCUGGUGUACGAACCAGGUUAUUGUCCAGCGAACCCUUGCAGCUAAGAACGUAACACACAGUAAAGCGGCAUGUAUCAUGACAGGCUAUUUUAAGAUUCUACCCAUGUUUCUUAUGAUCUGGCCUGGUAUGAUCAGCAGGACAUUGUUCGCAGAUGAAGUUGCCUGUGUGGACCCCGAUGUCUGCGAGCAAGUUUGUGAUAACAGGGCCGGGUGCUCAGACAUCGCCUACCCGAAGUUAGUCGUGGAAUUAAUGCCUACAGGUUUGAAAGGUCUAAUGUUGGCCGCCAUGUUGGCAGCUAUGAUAAGUUCGUUGACCUCCAUUUUCAACGCGUCCAGCUCGAUGUUCGUGCUCGAUAUCUGGUACAAGAUCAGACCAACAUCGACCGAACUGGAGCUCGUUAUCGUCGGAAAACUAUGUACGUUGGUGCUGGUAGUUGUAGGAGUACUCUGGAUCCCCGUCAUCCAGGCCUACGGUUCGGGGGAACUCUUCGUCUAUGUCCAAUCUAUCCUCUCAUACUUGUCACCCUCGGUGCUUGCCUGCUUUACAGCAGCUAUCGUCUGGAGUAGGGUCAACGAAUUUGGUGCUUUCUGGGGCAUGCUCGCUGGGUUUUUAGUUGGCCUGACGCGGUCUAUUCUCGAUUUCGUGUAUGGAGUGCCCUCUUGCGGCCAACCAGACGACAGGCCAAAUAUCGUCAAAAAUUUCCACUAUCUUCAUUUCGCUGCUUUCCUCUACGCAUUCUCCUUCAUACUCAUUUGCAUUUUCAGUCUCUUCAAACCAGCUAUCCCAGAAAACAAGUUGAUUCGGCUGACUUGGUGGACAAGGCAUUCGAAGCUACCUCGAGCUCCCAUGUCGGACGAUCAAGAGGAGAAGAAGAAGAAGAACGAUCUGAUAAGAGAGGAGAAGGCCAAAGAACAGGCGCUAAAGGCCCAAAGCCGAACCGGCUUCAAGUGGAAAGCAUGGAACCUCCUUUGCGGCAUCAGCGGCUCACCAACAGACAUUGAAGAGAAGGAGGUACAGGUGGAGGAGAAGGAGGAGAUGCAAAAAGCCACAGCUGAGGAGGACCCACUGUGGCAGAACAUCGCCGCGGUCAACGGGAUCAUACUAGCUGGCGUCUGCGCAUUCCUCUUUGGCUAUUACGCCUAAAACCCGGAAUCCUGCAUCCCAGCAUCGCAGCUCACGACGGAAUUGAAUCACAAUGAAUUAUGAAAACUAUCAGAUUACCAAGUUUGAAUCGAUUGUGACUGUUGUAAAAUCAAAUAUAGUAGCUUCUAUAUCGCUUAACACUUACUUUAUCAGAAUUUUCUCAGCGCUCUACAGUAAUGCAGCAUAUUACGGUGACUUCAGCGGAGCAGCUGUUACGCGCAGUGCGUUUCAAAGGGGAAAAAAUCAUACCAGGUACCCAUUCAUCUCACCUGGGUUGAGUGCAGCACAUUGUGGGGAACUUUCAGACUGAAGGAAAACACGACUUGGAAUCGAACCUACGUCCCUCAGAUUGAAAGACGAGAGACAUAACCACGAGACCACGACGUUCCCAAAUUAUAAAGAAAGAAAUACGUUUAAAAAUCUACCCGUGAAUGAAUAAUAAAACUCUUGGACAAAGUUGGCACUGGCAUGGGAAGGUGUGCUUUGGGGGCUCUCUAUCUUUUACUAGAAAACUAUGAAUUAUGCCCUCUCAUCUAAUUAAAAAAAGAUAUUAUUAUGUAUGCAUCAAAGAAAUAUGGUAUGCAUCAACGACUAUUCUCUAUAACUGCAUAAGGAAACAAAUAGAAGAAUGUUGAAGUAACCACUGAUGCGAUAUGAAAGAGAGUGUUUGAAGUAAAACGUAUUCGAAAGAGAAAAAAAUAGGUCGACAGAAUGCCUUUGAUGCUCAAUAAAGUCGAGAUGUAAAUUUGUACAAAACCUGUAUUAUAAAUUUUGUUGUAUCAAUUUUAGUUUAAUAUCUUUAUACCGUUAUAUACCCUAGUUUCAAAGCCAAAGCGCACUUGUUGAUUCUUCCAGAUUUAAUCGGUACCUAUAUUUUCAUUAAACCGUAAGAGAGAGUUAAAAAACAUUUUCCCCGCAAUAUGAGUUUUCAUUCAAGAGAUGUAGGAUUACUGUAUUUACCGGAAUAUAGCACUUUGUGGCAAAGUGUGGUUCCAUGAUACCGAAAUAUUGUUAUUUAACGCAAUUGAAAGGCCCGUAUUCUGAAGUCAGGUAUAACUUAGACCACGGUCUUACUCUGUGCUGACAUUAUGAGGAGCCAAAUAUGAAAAAAUUAUGUUUAUAUUGUAUAUUUUUUAGGACUACUACUUUGUUUCCUUUUGCUUUCAUAAUGAAGAAAAAUACUUCAGUUAUCAUUCCCUGACAAUUAUGAACAAUUUGGGUGUCAUUAUGAGUCAGUAAUUUGUGCUCCAAUUGGCUCUCCAUAGUUAAACCGCAAAUUUAAACCAUGCAGGGUUUAAUUUAAACCCGAGUUCAGAAUACGGGCCGAAGAAUUGAACACAGAAAAUAAAUAUUAAAAAAAAUAAACAUAUAUAUUGUUUAAUGUAACGUAGUUUUGUAUUUAGAAUACCACUGAAAUAUGAGAGGUGAAAUUUAUAGGUGUAUGAGAACUAUUUGACAAAAUAUUAUUGUCAGCUUUCAUGUGAUAUUUAAUUUCCCCCGACCCUGAAAAUAAACUGGUAUAAUAGGAGAAUGCCAUGCCAUUUGAGGAUAUGUAAAUAUGAUAAUGUUUGUAAUAUAACUCUUUCUACAUACUCGAGAUAGAAAAGCAACCGAAUAGAAUUGAACUCUGUACGAAAUCUGAAAAUAAUCAUGAUAUAAAAAAGUUAAACACAUAAAUAUCUAGAAAUGGAAAUUGAAGUAAUUUUAAUUUGACGCUCAUGAUCCUGACAACACACAAAAAUUGUGUGCAGGUCUAACUGUUCAGACCAUGGACCUAUGAAGAGAUGGACAUUCAUCGCUUAGAUAAUGAAUUCACUAUUAGAUGACUGUAAUUGUCAUCUGAAUAACAUUCUCUUCAUACUAGUCUUCUUUGGUCCUAUGAUCGUCUCCGUGAGAAGGGACUGAAGCAGUUCGUGACUGGACAUUUAUAUUUCACAAAUUAUAUGCGCAAUAGAUAACAAAUCACUAAAGUCAUGGAAAAUCGAUGUGCAGUUCUUGUUAACCUUUGGUACUCUUAGUUCCAUGUGUUUUAUUUGGGGAAAUGUCUACAUAUUUUAAUAGAGGCAAUAUUGUGAUUGAUUGUUUACCAUUCAAAAUUUAAUUUUCCCAAGUUUCGCCAUAAUAAUCCAGAUAUACGUGGUACAUAACAUUUAUAGAUCGUGUAUCUCUCAAUGUUAUUGAGGUCCUUAUGUGUGAGCGGUAGUUAGCGGAUCGAAUAAUAUCGUAUUUUAUAUCAUAAAAAUCGCCUGCUUCUCAAGUUUGCUGCUCCAAAUAUGAAGCAUGUUGACUGAAAGGCACAUGCUGAAACAGGGUAUCAGCCAACAAAAAUCAAGACCGAGAAACUGUUCCGUCUUUGGGUGAUCAGAUACGCCUUGGUAGUCAUGGUAAUUGCUAUUGUUACAACACCUGUAUAUUCUCAUUAAGAUGCGCAUAACCAGGCGACGGUGACUAUCAUUGGACAAAAGAAAUGCUCGCGUUAAUCGUCCAUCUCUCCAUAGGUCCAUGAUCAGACUAACAUAUACAUUUCUUUGAAUAUGCAUGUGCAAAAUAACGGUCGACUAUGAUAGAACUGUUUUAAAUUUGUUAAAAAUUGAUAAAAUAUUCAGUGUGUAAAUAUUGUGUUUGUCACUAUGGGAUUUGAAAAUUCGAAUAAUAUCGUAUAGUUGUAUUAUAAUAAAGUUCUGCAAGCAAAGUAUAAAAUUCUAGAUGCAAGCAUUUUUACCGUUGAAACUGAACUAUAAACAUGAUGACUAUAUGUGAAAUCAAUAUGUGAACUACAAUUAAAAUUCCUUUACU